AUGAGGUAUGAUGGAACGCAGGACCCCCUGGAGCAUCUAACGGCCUUUGAGGCCAGGAUGAACUUAGAAGGAGUAGGAGAUGAGUUCACAACCAGGAUCGCGAAAGCCAAGCACCCGAUCAAUUUGCUAGGGGUGACCCAAAGAGCCGGGGAGCCGACCAGGAAAUACUUGGAUCGUUUCAACGACGAGUGCCUGGAAAUUGACGGUUUGACGGACUCAGUGGCGAGUUUAUGUUUGACGAAUGGGCUCCUGAAUGAGGACUUCAGGAAGCACCUUACCACAAAGCCAGUCUGGACAAUGCAGGAGAUCCAAUGCGUGGCUAAGGAGUAUAUCAACGACGAGGAGGUCAGCCGGGUCGUGGCUGCCAAUAAACGGCAAUCCCCCUACAACCAAACCAGGCACCACGAUGGUGGAGAAAGACAAAAGGAACACACCAGGGAUGGCGGCUCGAGCAAGACGACAAAACCAUUUCCCCGAGUCGGGAAAUUCACCAACUACACCCCCCUCGCGGCACCGAUUACGGAGGUCUACCAACAGAUAGCCGAGAAAGGGAUACUAUCAAGGCCCCGUCCUCUGAAGGACAGGACGGGGGGAAACAAAAGCCUCUACUGUGAAUAUCACAAGGGGUACGGGCACAAGACCCAAGACUGCUUCGACCUAAAGGAUGCCCUGGAGCAAGCAAUCAGGGACGGAAAGCUUGCCGACUUCUCCCACCUCAUAAGGGAACUGAGGAGACAGAAUCGGGAUCACGAGGGUGAGGACAGGUCCCGGGCGACAAGACGACGUCAAGAACCAGAGGGAGACGACCACGGUCUCACGGUAGUGAAUGUAGUAACUGCAAAGAAUUCCGCCCCGAGGUCGAAAUCGGCGCAGAAGAAAGACGCCAAGGUCCUGGCAGUCUCCUCCUCAUCUGCUAGGAGUUCCCGGGGACACCCAUCCAUCUCUUUCGGCCCCGAGGAUCAAUGGUUCAAUGAGGUACCGGAAAGUCCCCCAUGGUUAUCACGGCCAGAGUCGGAACCGGACUCGUCAAAUGGAUCCUAG